AUGAAAAUACAAAACAUUCUUUGUUUAUUUCAAUCAUUAUUUAACUUUUACAUAUUCAUAUUUAUUUUUUUUAUUGUGAAGGUUAAAGGGAAGUCCAAAGUUUAUGAAACUCAGACAAAACGAAGUCUUCGGAGCAGAAUUAAAAGAGUUGAUGCAGGAGCAAGCACUUCCUCUCUGGUCUUGAAAUCCACAGAAACGACAAAAAGAAAUCUUCGAAGCCGAAUUAAAAAGGUUGAUGAAGCGCCAAUGACGGGUUCUCCAGUCUUGAAAUCCACAAACCUGAAAAAGCGCAAGAAGACAAUUCAAAUACUUAACCCACAAUCAACGGUUUUGAACUUCAAAAGAAUUGCGGAACACAGAAUUCGACUACCACCAAAAAUGACAUCUGUGUUGGACUUAUCUCCUACUAAUCUUAAAGAAGUGAGUGUUCAAAACAUGACAGGUGAAGUCAACUUUAUAAUGACCAGAUCGGAAAAAAACCGCAAAGCGUUCCGGUAUGCAUUUGUUGGAUGGUCGAAUUACUUGAAGGCUUGGAACAUCAAAAGGGGAGCCGAAAUGUUUUUUGAGUUCAACAACUCAAGCAAGGUCUUGACACUGACAAAGGUUGUGGAGAAGCGUGGUGUUAAGAACAAAAAAUCGCGUGCAUGAAUCGGAAGUCUGCUUGUAGUUGUGGUGGUUUUUAUAAACAAUAUAUAUGCUAAUUUCUUUUGUUGGGCUUUAGAGUCCUACUUGGUCUAGAAAAACUUGGGGCUAAAUUUGACAACUUUUGGUUUAUUUUGGGUUGGGAUUUUAUGUAAAUCAAGGUUAACAGGUAGUUAG